AUGAAACUAACGGAGGAUCGUUCAGAUGACUGGCCUCCGCUUUUCAAUAAACGUGAAAUCCAAGACAUGGUACACGGUUCGAUUUCACUAUUUCAUCCAUUGGAACGAAUAAUCGACACGCGAGAAUUCCAACGGCUUAGAGAGAUUAAGCAAUUAGGAGUCACUUAUUUAGUUUAUCCUUGUAGUACUCACAGUCGAUUUGUACAUAGUUUAGGGACGUAUUGGCUAGCAUUCAAAUUUGUUGAAAUUCUUAAACGGGAUACAUCACUGAAUAUAACGGGACAAGACCAUCUCUGCGUCUCUCUGGCAGCUCUUUGUCAUGAUCUGGGUCAUGGACCUUUUUCACAUUUAUUUGAUGGAGCGUUUCGUGAGGCAGCUGGAGUUCCUGAGUAUACACACGAAUCUUUGUCGAUUCAAUUACUUCGACGUAUCGUGAACGAAAACGAGAUCCGUGAGGCUUUGGAACGAUAUCUUGGGAGAGGUGACGAAUUCCAAAAGAACAUAACCUUCGCUGAAGAGCUCAUAUCGUCGCAGAAAUUUGACGCAAAUGGAAUAUGGUUACCUCGUGGUCGUUCAGUGGAAAAAGCGUUCCUAUAUGAUAUCGUUGCGAACAACAAUGAUUCCUGCGAUGUAGACAAGUUUGACUAUCUCAUCAGAGAUUCACUCAGCGCCGGCAUUCCAAUUCCAUUCAGUCAGGUUCUUCAUUAG